AUGUACAUUAGUAUUAGCUUGAUGGGUUACAGGAUAACCAACUCAAGAUGUCUCGUUUUGUGCGUAAUACUAACUUUUGUGAUGGGCUGCUAUUUAGCAUCUUUGCCCAUAGAAGAAGAAAAACCAGCAUUGCUUAAGCAAUCAGUUGCCGAAAUUCCUACCAUCAAUACAAACAAAAAGCGUCUAGCAAUCAUCGUUCCGUUCCGGGACCGCUUCGAGGAGCUCCUAGAGUUCGUUCCUCACAUGACCGCCUUCCUGAAGAGACAAGAGAUUCCAUUCCACAUCUUUGUGGUUCAACAGAAGGACAGCAACCGUUUCAACAGAGCUUCAUUGAUAAAUGUUGGAUUCCUGCAGACUCGUAACAAUUUCGAAUACAUGGCGAUGCACGACGUUGAUCUUCUACCUUUGAACGACAACCUAAAGUAUGAAUAUCCUGAAGCAGGACCAUAUCAUAUCUCUUCACCGGACACCCAUCCAAGAUAUUACUACAAAACUUUCAUUGGUGGUAUACUGUUAAUAAAGAGAGAACAUUAUGAGCUGGUCAACGGAAUGUCCAAUAACUACUGGGGUUGGGGGCUGGAAGACGACGAGUUCUAUGUGAGAUUGAAGGAUGCAGGCCUCACAGUUACGAGGCCAAGCAACAUUACUACGGGACGAGAGAACACCUUUAGGCACAUGCACGAUAAGACUUAUCGCAAACGCGACAUGCGCAAGUGUUACAACCAGCGCGAGGUGACGCGGCGUCGUGACCGCCGCACCGGACUCCAUGACGUGGCCCACCGCGUGCUGAGCCUCCACAGCCUCACCAUCGACGGGCUGCCGCUGACCGUCCUCAACGUGGAGCUCAUCUGCGACCGGAACGCGACCCCGUGGUGUCAGUGCCCAGAACCACCUAAACCUAAAAAGACUUGAUUUAAACAAAAGUUUUUUUUUUAAGGGAUUUUAUGACCUGGUAACAAAGACCUUUAAGUCAUGUCUUAGUCUAAUUUAUAUUUGUAAUUUUAUGAAA